AACUCGGCCCAGCAGCGACGAUGGUGUUGGACGUUGUACAUUCUUCGAUGUUGAAAAUCAUCGAGCCCUACAGAAAAUGGAUAAUGGAAAAUCCACAAUUACUGUCGGAGGUGGAAAGCACGAUUCAAUGUCUACCUUAUUUCACGGCUGGUCGAUUCAAUAAUUCCACUUUGGCAUGGGAGUUGCUGUAUGCUCUGUCCAACUUGAUAGUACUUUUCAACGAUCUGUUGAUGUGCAGCGGAAAACGCGUGCACGUAAAGUUUUCUCGGUUCGAGUCGAAGAUAAAAGUCUGGCUGACUGUGGUCGAAUAUACGGAAGCCCUUUUCGAGAUUUCUGCGAAAAAGUUGUGGGGCCAGAGCGGCAAGUGGGCUAUAAUUGCCAUUGUUCAAAUAUUUAAAACCGUGUUGAGACUUUUGUUGGUUCAUUUGCACAAAGAACGUGUGACCAAAAGUCCGCCGAUACAGCCCCUUGACAGAGAAAAAUUAAAAGAGCCAGGGCAAGAGCAGGAACAGGAGCAGGGGCACCGGGAGUCCGCCGCCGCCGCCGCCGCCGGAAGACAACAAGGAUUUAUAUUGAAACGAUCUGGUACCAUCGUUCGAAGUGUCAGAGGUGCCGGUUCUCCGUAUACCCGCGUAUGGGAACCUUUGUCGUCAGGCCUGCCGCUGGCAGUGGACGCGGCUAGCCACGAGUCGCGAGCAAACGGAUCGUCUCCGCCGUCGGAAAGGAAUUUGAUAUUGGCAGAGAGUCUGUACGUCGUGAAACCGCUGUUCCAUUUGGGAUGUAUGUCGUUGACUGGAGAGAAACGCUGGCCACCGUGGUUACUAUCGCUCGCCAUCGAUCUGCUCAGUUUAAAGAUCGUUAGCUUGGAGGUGGCGAGGAACGUGUCGCUUAGUAAAGCGGAGAAGAAAGAGAUCUUUAGAAGAAGACUCGCGUUGCUUCUCUACAUAUUGAAAUCACCGUUUUACGACAAGUACAGUAGCGUUAGGAUAGAAACGAUUCUUACCACGCUUUCUACCAAAGUGCCUCUGACGAAAUUCGUGACGGACCCGAUCAAGAAUUAUCUGCCGCAUUGGCAGAACACAUAUUUCUAUAUGUGGUCGAGUUAACGUCGUCGUCGACGAUGCGUCGAGACUGUGUAAGUUCAACGUUCAUUUCUUUUCGACUAUUGUCUCUCGGAGGUGGCUGGGUGGAAUGGCGAUGAUUAAGGUGAACCAAGUUGCGACCAAGAGAAUUUAUCAUAACGUUUAACGCGGUGUCGGAUACAUUCGUUAGAAAACGGUUACAAGUUCUCUCCUGACUGCGUAGGGAAUGCGUAGCGAAACUAUGUAGCCGCUGUAUCGCGUCGUGAUCGUUACGUCGGGUUUGGUUGACGACGACGACGAACGCAUGUAUACUACAUGCAUGCAUGCAUGCAUGCAUACAUACAUUAAAUCACGAUAACUUCA